AUGGAUUUGGCAGAAUCUACAAAGGCCCUGUUGCAAGUAUGGAAGGAACGGGACAUUCAGAUGACGGUGCUCACCAGCCUCACGGUGCAACUCUUCCUGCUAUUCACCGGUGACCUCCGGAGGCGCAGAAUCAGUGGGUUGCUUAGGUCCAUAAUUUGGCUGGCAUACGUGGGUGCUGAUCCUGUUGCCAUCUACGCCAUCGGCCUUUUUACCGAGGAAACACAUAAUUUAAGAAGGGAGCAAUCAUCGGGGGAUCAGACGCUGCGGCUCCUUUGGGCACCCUUUCUCCUCCUUCACCUAGGAGGACAGGACACCAUCACUGCCUUCUCCAUCGAGGACAACAAUCUGUGGCUGCGGCACUUGCUCAAUCUGGUGCUCCAAGUCACUCUAACCUUGUAUGUCUUGUGGAAGUCGUUUGAGAAAUUGGAAGUGCAGCUGCUAGCCAUUGCCAUACCAAUUUUUGUUGCUGGGACAAUCAAGUACGGGGAGAGGACAUGGGCACUCUAUAACGGGAGCCGAGACUACCUCGGUAGUGGCUACGAGAGGGAGGAGAAACCGCGACGGGAUUACAGAAGUACUCAUUGUGGUGAUGUCAUGGCAACUUAUGCUCUUAACACGGUACUCCGUGUCAGAGGAUUGCUUGUGGGACGAACAUUGUUCCAACUGGGAUGGGAGAGUCAGAAGGAGCUGGUGGGUGAUUUCGCAGUGCAUGGACAGAGAGAAGGGAAGCUCAAGAUCGUCAUGGUGGAGCUUGGCAUGAUGUACGAUCUCCUCUACACCAAGGCCGUGGUGUUGCAAAGCCGGAUCGGUCGCAUACUCCGGUGCUUUGCCGAGAUGUGCAUGGUGGUGGCCUUUGUGCUCUUCGUGGCAAACCCCAGGUUGCAUGCCCACCACAGCAGAGCCAAUAUCGUCAUCACCUAUACAUUGUUUGUUGGGGCCAUGUUUAUGGAAUCUUGUUCAGUCUCCAUGGUGAUAGUAUCAGUCUGGACAAGGGCGGGAUCGAAAAAAGGCAGCUUUCUCUAUUGGUUGUCUUGCAGUGCUUCCUCUCUUUGGAACGCCGUCAUGCGACGAUUUCAGACAAAUCAGCAGCAGCAGCCGUCCAUGGGGCAAUUUAACCUUGUAGACUACUCAAUUUAUGAGAAAUGCAUGCCCAGCCUCAUCUCCAAGGUCAUCACUGCACUGGGUCUGGAGAAAAAAUGGAGAAAUAUUUGGCAUGUCCAUCACAUCAAGGUGGACAACGAGAUGAGCAACUACAUCGAGACAUUGCUCUGCUCUGGGGUGGGAUCCCAGCGGCUAAAUCUUGGCCGGGAAAUGAACUAUGUGUUGAGAGCUCCUUUCGAGCAUGCCCUUUUCCGUCUACACAUCUUUACAGACAUGCAUUUGAGCAGGGUAGACUUACCAGGAGACGAGGAGACGGCACAGCUUGCGGCGGAGUGCAGGAAGCUAUCACAGUAUCUUAUUUACCUGAUGGCGGUUUACCCUUCCCUGUUGCCGGUGAGCAACGCCGCGCAAGAUCUUGAACACUUCUACGUCAAGUGGGUCAGAGACAAUACAGGCAGCAAUACCAUGAGAAAGCAAGAGAUUCUAAACAAGUAUGCAACUGAAAAGCUCUACAACGAGGAGGCCUACUCGAGGUCUCCCUUCGAACUGCUACCUCCUUCUGCGGAAUCGUUGAGGGUGAUAAAGGAGGUGUGGGCGAGGCUGCUCAUCUACGCGGCUGCCAAGUGCCCCGUGGAGCUACAUGCGCGGCAGCUCAGCGACGGGCUCGAGCUCCUCACCGUCGUCUGGUUGCUUAUGCUGCAUCAUGGUGCUGGGGAUGUGGGGUGGAGGGAGGUCGACCUCGUGGCAUCUGAUGACUCUGCUAUGCCUACAGCGGAGGCACUGGUGCCGUGCCAAGGAAGUAACUGGAUACGGCGUCAACCCAGGCAUCUCUACGCCUUUGAGUUCCAGCAAACACAAGAAGCGACAGCAUUUGUGGCAUCUUGGGCUCCCCUGCUUCCGGCAGAUGGUGUAGAUUUGACGGAGGAUAUUUUGCAAGGAGUGAUGUUCGGCUCAUUGCAACCCGCAGUACCCUCGUCACCAACGAACAACUCCACCGAAACAACAUCAGAGAUAGAGGAAACAACAUCAGAGACAGAGCAAGAUGGUCAUGUAGAACGGGGCAAAGAGCAUGCAGUGGACGUACCACCGGAGAUUGAGCACAAGGGCAAAUGA